CCAGAAGUCCUGGACGUAAAGAGCACACGUAAAGAUAGCUACGUUCUGAUGCCUUGGGAACCCAGAAAAUGCUAUGAAAUUAGUAGUCAAGACGAAAAUCCUCUACUUUACAUAAUUUAGCGACCUAAGAGGACUAGGAGAAACUGUGUAGCUUCACCAUGCUUUCCCCCUCCCAGACAUGGCUUAGUUUUAUUUUAACUUUUUCCUCAGUGGAGGUUGGGUCGACAGGGAAGCUGAACGUCCUUUUCAUAAUAUCAGAUGAUUUGCGACCAGCGUUAGGAUGCUAUGACGAUCCUGUCGUCAAAUCACCAAAUAUCGAUCAGCUUGCUUCCCAAAGUAAAGUCUUCCUCAAUGCGUAUGCCCAGCAAGCUGUCUGUGGCCCCAGCAGAACCUCUUUUUUAACAAGUCGCAGACCUGAUACAACCAGACUGUAUGACUUUAAUUCAUAUUGGAGAGUCCAUGCGGGAAACUACACCACCCUUCCACAACAUUUCAAAUCCCAAGGCUACACCACCAUGUCUGUUGGGAAGGUUUUCCACCCAGGCAUCGCUUCCAAUCACUCGGAUGAUUACCCGUACAGUUGGUCUGUACCUCCGUAUCAUCCUCCCUCUUUCGCCUAUGAAAAGAGGAAGGUCUGCAAGGGUGAUGAUGGCAAGUUGCACGUCAACCUGCUGUGCCCUGUUAACGUGACAGAAAUGCCUCUGAAGACCUUGCCAGAUAUGGAGAACACAGCGGAGGCAGUGAGGUUGCUCAGGUCUGUGAAAGACACGGGCAGCCCGUUCUUUCUCGCUGUGGGAUACUACAAGCCUCACAUUCCAUUCAGAAUCCCACAGGAGUUUUUAAAGCUGUAUCCAUUGGAGAGCCUAUCCCUGGCUCCUGACCCUGAUGUGCCAAGAGGCCUGCCACCUGUAGCUUACAACCCCUGGACAGACAUCCGCAAAAGAGAGGAUGUAGAAUCUCUAAACAUCAGCUUUCCCUAUGGGCCUAUCCCUAAAGACUUCCAGCUGCGGAUCCGUCAGCACUAUUUUGCCUCUGUGUCUUAUGUGGACAAUCAGAUUGGCAAGCUCCUGAGUGCUCUGGACGACCUGGGUUUGGCCAAAAACACCAUUGUGGUGUUCACCUCUGAUCAUGGCUGGUCAUUAGGAGAGCAUGGGGAAUGGGCCAAAUAUAGCAAUUUUGACGUGGCUACGCGGGUGCCCCUUUCGGUCUAUGUACCCGGUUUGACAUCAGCUUCAGAAAAAGCCGGGAAAAAAAUCUUCCCUUACAUAGAUGUGUUCCAGGACUCACACCAGCGCUUCUCUGAAGGAAGACAGGUGAACGCCAUGGUGGAGCUUGUGGACCUGUUCCCCACGCUGUCGGAGCUCGCAGGGCUCAAGGCGCCUCCGCCCUGUCCGCGCUCCUCCUUCCGCGUCCAGCUCUGCACCGAAGGCUCCAGCCUGGCCCAGAGCUUCCGUGGCCCCAAGCACAGGGACAACUCGGAGGCCAUCGCCUACAGCCAGUACCCCCGGCCCUCAGACACCCCCCAGGAGGACUCCGACCUCCCCCUCCUGGCGGACAUCCGCGUCAUGGGCUACUCCAUCCGCUCCUGCGACUACCGCUACACCCUGUGGGUGAGCUUCGACCCCGUCAGCUUCCAGGCCAACCUGUCUGACAUCCACGGCGGAGAGCUGUACUUACUGCAGGAGGACCCAGGGCAAGAUAACAAUGUUUACAACAGCACGGAGUACAGCGGUGUCCUGUGCAAGCUCAACACCCAUCUCCACUGGACUGCCACUCUGAAACAGCACUUACUUUAUUUUUAUUCAGGUUCAAAGGCUAAAGGGAUGUUUUGAAGUGUUACACCUUGUACUGUGCAGAGGAAAACAAGGGGAAACCUUUCAAUAGCUAGGCUAACGAAAUGUUAUGCAUAGACCUAUUUUUCUACUCUAAUGAGGGAUUUCAGGCAUUCAAAUCUGCCUUUAUUCUUUCAUAACUGCACAAGUGAAAUAACUUUUGUAAUGAGGGAUUUGACAGCAGCUGUAAUCAUACUUUGACACGUAGACACAAUGCAAACACAAUGAUGUAAUUUACAGUGUGAUUUCAAUGUUUAUGCUGCUGCUCUGUGUUCAGGGAAACCUAUUA